GGAUGGACAGCUUAAGCUCCGAUGCACGGACGAUUUUCACUGUCGUAGAUGUUGGACGCGUCCGGACAGGACCAAGACCAAGCCCGAGAAACUGUGUAAGGAAUAAAUUAGCUCUACUGUAGACUCGCCGUUGGGAGCUCUAAGCUGUUUGCUGUCGCACUUUGAGUGGGAAAGCUCAAGCUCUUGCCCGGCGCGUCUCCCCGCGAACCACAAAGCCAAAGCCAAACACAAACCACCAUGCCGCGCCGCACUCCACCCUCGCCCUCCCACAUGUCCGCCCCCGACCUUCCAUGGCUUCCCUCCGCUCCCUGGGCCUGCACGCCCCCGCAGCCCUCAGCUACCUGAUUGCCGAAAGAAUCUUGCCUGCCGACGCCGCGCCCGAUCAGUACACCUGGGACACCUACCAUGACGAUGGCGGCGAGGAAGACGUCACCUCGACCGAUUACUGUGUGGUCUGGUCGCGCGGUGGCAUUGUGCGCAAGGUCUACAACUUUGAGGUGGAGAAGGAAAAGGUGCUGCAGGCCGUCCUGACCUGGUUCCCGUCCGACGAAGCGACUGCGGUGCGCAACACCACACAAGACUUGCGCCAGGAUCAUGGCCCCGGUACAUUCUUCGCCAAAAAUGGAGGAGUCGUCGAGCCAACCUCGAAUCGCCAUGCUGCCGGCGCCGUGGGAGAAGAUGGAGUCUCACAGCCAAAGAAGCGUUCACGCGCACUCGUCGUCUUCCUCAGGACUCAGGCUCAUGUCUUCUUUCUUUCCGGGUCAAGCCAUGUGGUCAAUCUGCCUUUUGAGGUGGAGCGCGCAUUCCCGGCGCCGCGUGGUCUGCUCAUUCAAAGAAAGAUCACCACGUCCGAAUUUCCACCUGCUAGUCCAGUCGUGCCAAAAGCUCCACCAAACUCUUUCUUCUCCCAAAUUCCUUCACAAUCGUCACAGCCACUGUUCUCCCCAAGGCCGCCUUCGUUCAUGACACCACGGAAGCAUGCGUCCAAAACAGGCAACCCAUAUCCUCCUUCGCUCGCAGAUCUCCUCAAGAUUGGUACUACUCCAGCUGCAGAUGGACUGCCACGUUUAUUCUCAUUUACGGAUCCCUUCUCCGAGAUGGGGUUGGUUGUUACAGCUCAAACCUCAAACAACCGCAGGUCGCUAUCUUCCAGACCUUCACAUGCAAGGACAGUCGAACCUAUUGACAAGGCAGAGGAGGUCUUAUAUGUAACUACGCAGAAUGAGAUGCGUGAAGCAGCGGCCCCGACAGAUAAACCUCUUAUGUUGGUUGUUACUGCAAAUUAUGAGAGACGAGUGUACUCUGUGUGGUACGCAUCCUACAUCGAGCCUAGGCCUGCCUCUGCCAAGAAAGGAUAUCGUAAUGGUACUAUCUCUGUCAAUCGCUCCAGGCGGCGCAGCUCCUUCAACCCAGGCACAGGAAGCACCACACCUGCUUUGAGGUCUAGAGAUGGAGCAAGAGAGAGUCUUGGAGGACCUAGCCGCUUCAGUACAUCGUCGUUUACGGCAAGCCAAACGAGAGAGCCCAGCCAGGAGCAAAGCGCGGAAGAGGCCUUUGCUUCCCAACUAGAUCCGGAGACAGACCUUUCAAGACAGCCGAGUAGGGACUCGAGGCGUGUCAGCUCACUUCUUUCCCGCGCGGAUCUGUCCACGAGCUUUGACAAGUCGGCAUUUCAAGAUCUUGCUACGCAUGGUCGAAGCAGUCUCAGCGGAAGCUUUGGGCCAGGUGGACGUAGAGGGCAAUCUUUUGGUGGAUACACCGGCAGGAGUAGCCUUGGUGUUACUAGUCGAAAAACUAGAGCGUCCACGCCAGGUGAGAUUUCAGCUCUCAGCUUGAGCGCUGUAUCGCUAGAGGACAAUCUCGACGAUGAUUUGCUCGGCAAUGAUGAUACCCAGGAGGACACUGAAUUUCCAGAAGAUCUCCUUGGUGGCGAUCUCGACGGCUUCGCCAAUAGUCUGCAAGAGCCGAUAGAGGGCUUGCGCCGAGAAAUGGUCUUGAUAAGAUUCUCUGAAAUACAAUUCGGCAACUCAGAGCACAUUUUUCAUUCCGCUUUGACAAACACCUCAAAGGACCUCCCAAAAGUUUUCACGUUAAAAGCACCCACCUCCUUUACAGAACAUUACUCGAUUGACGGACGCUUCUUUCUGUACAUGAUGCAAAAGACAAGUGGUGAACUGAUAGAGCAUGAAUUUACCGUCCAACGAAGGCGUCUUAGCACUAGCGCCAUAUCAACCGGGGCCCAGCAGCAGAGCAAGGAUCCUCCCAGCGUCUUAAUACCCUCCCCUAUCAACACACAACGACACAAGGGGUGUAUAGAUGCCUCCAAAAUUUCCGAAAAUGGAAUCGAACGGGCUCUCUUUUUGGGCCGCGGCGGGUCGACAGGCCAUGUGCUUUCACUGCACGCCGGUUGGUGUGCUCGGGCACGUCUUUCGCUCGACCUUCCGAACAAGCUGAGGCGAUCCGAUCCAUACGAUCUCGAAGUUGGACUAUCCGGCUACGGGACAUGGGAUGAUUCCACGAUAAUAAUAGACUUGCCUAGAAAGCUUGUAGGGCUGGCUUGUUCAAAUACCGACGGCAUGUUUGACAUUCAAGAGGAAAACGGCCGGCAGCACCGGUUCGAGAUGCGCUUAUGGCCCCAGAACGAUAUUGUGGCUCAGGCCAUGCAAGUAUGUCGGUUUGUAUUGCCUGCGCCACAGGGUGAACAUUUCUUAGCUAUCUGGUGGAACAUUGCGCGGAAUCUACGCAAAGAGAAGAGGUUUGACGUGGAGUGGGCUGCACUGGUGGCUGCUAUCUUCACGUUCGCUGUUAGUAGCAUUGACGGCAGGACGGUACGUUUGACAGAUGCUGCACACUCCUUCGAAAGCAUCCACACACCUCGGAGAGCAAAGAGAGAUUUCAAGCAGGAUGAUCCUGUCGAAAACAUGUGGCGGUAUCAGGCCCUGGAUCAUGCGGCCAAAAGUUGGGACGGUCCUGCAUGGAGUUGGGUUGAGCAGAAGUUAGCGCAGUCCUCAAAGGGUUCGAGGGCAACUUCGUCAUCUUCUCGCCGAUCAACAGUCUUUCAGACGCCAAGCCAUGGCAUUAGAAGGAAGAGCGACUUCAUCCCUUUCUGUGCCCGAGCAGCUAGAGACUUCUUACAAGAGCCUUUGGGCCAAGCGCUCAUUCCCAAGCCAAGUCGAUCGACGCGGUCAAAGCACCAAGAUGAGCACGCCUCAUAUCUACCAGCAUUGGCGGUGGCACUGCAUCUCUUGCGCGAAGAGACGAAGCUUGAUGUCUUGGCAAAGGACUUCCGCACAUCCGAAACGGGUAACCUAGCUCCUGUUCUAGCGCAACUUGGACAUUGGCUGGAUUGGGCGUCUUGGAAUUGGAAGGAAGGAAGUGUCUACGGUCUUGAUGGGGCUGACCAAGAUCGAUGGGUUUUUGAAGAUAACUCCAUUACGGCAGUAACAACACCCUCGCCGCCAUGGGAUAAGCCCCCAUCUGUCUUUGAGUGGUUAGAAAAGAUGCUCGACUCUCGAGCCUUCCAACAGUUUCCAACACUUGACAUGCUGGUUGGUCAACAAGACAAAGUAUUGUCUCCGCAUCUCUCACAGUCUAUGGCGCAAGUUGUAACUAUGAUGACCCCGCGGACGGUGGCGCUAUGUAAAUAUCUUCUGAAGAUACGCAGCGGCCAGCAGACAGCAAGCUUCCAGGUUGAGACUAUGCUGGAGAGUGGCAUCGACAAUCGCAUGCUGGAAACCUUCCCACCGGCAGUCGUCUCUGGGCUUCGUGAAGCUAUUGUCGAAUGCCAAGCUAACCCACCAACGACCUGGGGCGUCAAGCUUCUUGACACUGUCGGCAGAGAAGAUCUGCACAUGCUAACCAAACAGGACAUUGGAUGGUCACCAAGUUUGAUCCCACAACCAUCCGCCAAUGCUGUUGCGAACCGCGAUGUUCGAAGCAUUUGCCAGUCAACAGACGUAAACGAUGCUACAGCCAGUUCCUCCGAAGCAGAUCGGCAUAUGAUCACUCGUCUGAUCUUCAGUGAAGACCGAAGGUACAUUGAAGCACUUCGUCUCCUGGAACCCUUGAGGCCUGCUGUUGCCGAGUGUAUUCCCGAUCCGUCAUGGAGCGAAUCGGACCACCUGGAGGCCCAGAAGAGUGUGAUGCAAUGGGUAAUGAUAAGAACCUUUGCUCUUCCCGCCGGUCAUUCCAUGCUACAGUUCGACAGCAAGCGACCUCUCGUCACGGAGAAGUUUCCUCUCAAUGGUUUCACCACGCUGUGCACUAUGAAACCUCUCAACAACACCGUCAGUGCGGACCGUAGCACUUACACGGAAGAGAGGUUCUGCUGGGCAUUCUUCCAUGCUGGGGUGUCUGCUGGCUUGAGUGUAUCCCGGCGCGCCGAGGGCAUCGAUACCUCCUGGAUAGCCUAUAACAAGCCAGUGGAACUUAGCAACAAACACGCUGGGCUGCUGUUCGGCCUUGGUCUCAAUGGACACCUCAAAACCAUAGCCAAAUGGCUCUCUUUCAAAUACCUCACUCCGAAGCAUAGCAUGACGUCUAUUGGCUUGCUCCUCGGUCUUUCUGUUUCCUAUAUGGGUACUAUGGAUACACUGGUUACAAGGUUGCUCUCGGUGCAUGUCACGCGCAUGCUUCCUCCUGGCGCCGCCGACCUGAAUCUCCCUCCUUUGGCACAGACGACGGGCCUAAUGGGCAUCGGCUUGUUGUAUCUCAACAGCCAGCAUCGGAGGAUGAGCGAGAUUAUGCUCUCAGAAAUCGAACAUGUCGAGCUUGAAGACCCGUCUAGCCCGCCGGAUAACAUUCGAGAUGAGGGCUAUAGACUCGCAGCAGGCUUCUCGCUUGGUCUCAUCAACCUUGGCAAAGGCAAUGAUCUUAAGGGUCUGCACGACAUGCGUGUUGUCGAGCGCCUCCUGGCCAUUGCAGUCGGACCAAGGCCGGUUGAUGUCGUCCAUAUAUUGGAUCAAGCAACAGCUGGUGCUGUAAUUGCAGUCGCACUUAUCUUCAUGAAGACUGAGAAUUUCAGAGUUGCUAGAAAGAUAGACGUACCGGACACGCUUCCGCAGUUCGACUACAUCCGUCCAGAUAUCUUCCUCCUCAGGACGCUCGCCAAGCACAUUAUCAUGUGGAACGGCAUCGAGGCUAGCCACCAGUGGAUCAUCAAGAACCUUCCGGAGCCAUACGCCAUUAAUUACCAGCUCAAGGAUAUCAAGUCCCUUCGCAGUCAGCAUAUGCCAUUCUACAACAUUCUAGCGGGUCUCCUCUGGGCCAUAAGUCUCAAGUACGCCGGCACUGGCGACAUCGGCGUCCGAGAUUUCCUUGUCGAGUACCUUGACCAGUUCAUCCGCCUCACGCACCUGCCUGCGGUCCGCUACGAUGCGCGACUAGCACGCAACACGAUUCGCAACUGCCAGGACCUUGUUGCCCUGGCGGCAGCGACCGUCAUGGCAGGCACUGGCGACAUCAUCGUGUUCCGGCGGCUGCGGCUGCUCCACGGGCGCGUGUCGCCCGACACGCCGUACGGAAGCCACAUGGCGGCGCACAUGGCGCUGGGCGCACUCUUCCUGGCAGGCGGAUCAUACACGUUCGGGACGUCGAACCUGGCCGUGGCGGCGCUGGUAUGCGCCUUCUACCCGCUGUUCCCUACCGACGUGCUCGACAACAAGGCACAUCUGCAGGCAUUCCGCCACUUCUGGACCCUAGCCGCCGAGCCGCGCUGCAUCGUGGUGCGCGACGUCGAGACGCGGCGCGCCAUCUCGCUGCCGAUCCGGAUCGAGUUCAAGAGCGGGGCAGGGCACGACGCGACGGCGCCGUGUCUGCUGCCAGCGCUCGACACAAUCGCAGCCAUCCGCACCACGAGCCCGGACUUCUGGCCCGUGACGCUCGACUUUGCGCGCAAUGCGGCGCAUCUGGCGGCGUUUACGCGCGCGCAGACGGUCCAUGUGCGGCGGCGGCCUGCGCACGAAGCGCACGCCAGCACGUUCAGCGCGACGCUGGCGGCGCUCAACGACAAGCAGGCGGCGCUGGGGGGCGCGGGGGCGCGCCUGCUCUGGCACUGGGUGUUUGGGCUGCGGGCGCUGGGGGGGCUGAGCAAGGCGGAUGCGGGGCUGGUGCUUUUGGGCGAGGGCGCCGCGGUCGAGGCCAAGGGGUCUGCGGUGGAUGAUCGGUUGGUGUUGCGGCGGGCGGCGGGGAGCGCGGUCGAGCGCGCGCAGCUGGAGCAGUUGCGCUUAUUGUUUAGGUGGGCAGAGAGGGCGGAGAGCGAUGGAGGCCGGUUUAGAUGGUUAGGGCGGGAGGCGGUCGAAGAGCUGAGGGCUGUGGUGGCGGAGAGGGCGAGGGGAGUCGUCGAGAGGGGCGUGCGGUGAGGUGGUGAUGAUAGUGGUGGUUGUCCUUAGAAAUGCACAUCUUGUUUCCUCAUCCCGCUCCGCCGGGUCCCCGUUCGUUCCGCUCCGCUCCGCCAUAGAUGUUUCGGGCCGUCCCGCCCCGUCCCGCCCCGUUCCGUCCGUCCAUCCCGUCCAACGUCCAACGUCCAACGUUCGUUGUUAUCCACACGCGAGGACCUCGCGCGGCCGUCGCGCCCGCAGCGCUGACAGCGCGCCCCACUCGAAGGUUUCGGUGCGGGAGGCCUCGAGCGGCGAUUCGUAUUCUAAGAGGAGGACGUGCAGAGCGAUUGUUUCGGGGGCG